UCGGAUUCACCGAAUUUCCGGAAUCUUUCAAGAAUCUUACAAGCUUCCAUUUCUCCUCCCUAUAAAAGGUCUACCUUCUCUGCCUUUGCUCCAUUCGUCCUGCUAUUUGGUGUACUGUCGAAACUACAUGGACUGAGUUAGGUCUCCGCUUAACUCCCGAGAUUCGUCUAAUGGAGAGACGAGGAUAUAGGGAAAGAGGAAGAGGCGGACGUGGUGGCGGUGGUCAUAGAGGUGGCAAUGUUGGCGGCUCCAACGGUUUUGGAGGCCACCAUCAUCAUCAUCAGCAGCGUAAUCAGAAUUCAUACGAGUAUCAGGAUCAUCAUCAGAGGCAACGGAGGCCUGAUGAUCAUGGAGGAUUCCAGCGCCGACAGACGCAUUCAUUGUUUGAUUCGAGUCAUGAUGGUGGUCGUCGUUGUGGUACGGGUGGAGCUGGGCCAGGGAAGGGGGAAAACAGUCGACGAGGAAGAGAGGUUUGGAUCCCAAACAGAGGUGGAGUUCCAGUGCCGCCAUAUAGACCUCCGUUUACUGAGCCUUUUCCUGAUUCUUCCUCUCAAGAGAUACAAUCAGUGACAUUAUCAGAGAAAUUGCCACCUUCAUCUUCUACACCCAAAAACACUUCUAAAAGAUUUCCAGUUACACGACCUGAUGAAGGUGGUACCUUGGCCAUUCAUACUGCAAGACUUCGUGUCAACCAUUUUCUAGUUAAGUUUAGUGUCGGCAGUACUAUAAUGCACUAUGACAUUAAUAUUAGACAAGAGGUGGUCCCUGAAAAUAGUUGCCCAGGGAAAAUUUCAAAGUUAAACAUGACUAUGAUCAGGAAGAAACUUUUCACUGAUAAUCCCAUCAAAUUCCCGCUCUCAGCUACAGCAUAUGACGGUGAGAAGAAUAUUUAUAGUUUAGUUCCACUUGAAGAGGGAGUAUAUAAGGUGGAAUUGUCUGAGGUGGAAGACUCGAGGAUACGAGUAUACAUGUGUACUAUAAAGCUGGUGAAUGAACUCAAGCUUCACAAGUUGCGGGAUUAUUUGACUGGGAAUGUCUGCACAGUACCCCGUGAUAUACUGCAAGGAAUGGAUGUCGUAAUGAAGGAGAAUCCAACCAAAUGUAUGAUUUCUGCUGGUCGUGGCUUUCAUUUCAUUAACCCUGAUCCAGAUGAUGAUCUUGGAUUUGGUCUUACUGCAUCCAGAGGGUAUCGACAUAGCCUCAAGCCCACCUCACAAGGUCUAGCACUCUGUGUGGACUAUUCCGUGUUGGCAUUUUGGAAAAAGAUGCCAGUUAUUGAGUUUCUGAAGCAGCAUAUUCAUAGGUUUUCUUUAAACAAUUUUGAUGUCUCUAGGAAUGCUGUUGCAAAUGCUUUGACAAACUUAAAAGUUACAGUAACCCACCGUAAAACCAAACAAAAGUACACUAUUGUUUGUUUGACCAAGGAGAGAACAAAGAAUAUUAAAUUCAAUAUGGAAGACCCAGAUGGCAAAUGUCCAAAAAGACAAGUUAGUAUAGUUGAUUAUUUCAGAGAGAAAUACGGCAGGGAUAUUGUGCAUAAAGAUAUUCCUUGCCUUGAUCUAGGAAAAAACAAUAGGGCGAGCUAUGUACCAAUGGAAUUCUGCGUCUUAGUGGAGGGACAGAUUUAUCCGAAAGAGCAGCUGCAUACUGAUGCAGCCUGGAGGUUGAAGAACAUGUCACUGGCAAAACCAGAAGAUAGAGAGAGCAGGAUUUGUAAGAUUGUAGGGGCUACUGAUGGACCAUAUAGUGGAUAUGGCAUCCGAAAUUUUGGAAUUGAGGUUGAUGUGAAUAUGACAUCAGUUAUUGGACGAAUUAUCCGGCCUCCCGACUUGAAGUUAGGUGCUCCUGAUGGUCGACUGAUUAAGGUAACAGUUGACAGGAAGAGAUGCCAGUGGAAUCUUCUUGGCAAAGGAGUAGUGGAAGGAAAACCUGUUGAGAGAUGGGCUGUACUUGACUUUAGCUCAUCUGAUCGAUGUAGGUUGAAUGCUGACCUAGUUAUUCCGAAGCUUAUUAAUCGCUGCAGGACUCUAGGGAUGCAUAUGAAAGAACCUGUUUUAUAUCAAUGCACUGGAAUGGAUAAAUUGUCUAACACUGAUGAUCUUUAUGAAUUGCUUGAAAGUGUUAUUAGUGGAGCUUACUACUGUGGUGGAGGUCAUGUACAAUUCAUUCUCUGUGUGAUGUCGAGAAAGGAUCCUGGCUACAAGUAUCUCAAGUGGAUCUCUGAGACGAGAACUGGUGUGGUGACACAAUGUUGUUUGUCCACUAGUGCCAACAAAGUGAAUGAUCAGUAUCUUGCUAAUCUUGCUCUUAAGAUCAAUGCUAAGCUUGGAGGUAGUAACGUAGAGUUGGUUGAUGCCCUUGCUCAUUUCAAAAGAGAAGACCAUGUUAUGUUCGUGGGAGCUGACGUCAAUCAUCCUGCUGCACGGAACACAACAAGUCCAUCGAUAGCAGCUGUAGUUGCCACUAUAAAUUGGCCAGCAGCUAACCAAUACGCAGCAAGGAUUCGUGCUCAAAACCAUCGUGAAGAGAGGAUUGUUAAUUACGGGAGUAUGUGUCUGGAUCUUGCUGAAACUUAUGCUCGGCUAAAUAAAGGAGUGAAACCUAAAAAAGUUGUGGUCUUCCGCGAUGGGGUGAGUGAGGGGCAGUUUGAUAUGGUUCUUAACGAAGAGUUACUUGACAUGAAAGACGCAUUUCAAAAAGUCAGUUAUUUCCCAAAUAUAACUAUUGUUGUGGCACAGAAGCGUCAUCAAACUCGUUUCUUUCCAGAGAGUGAGAAAGAUGGGGGUCUUACCGGUAAUAUACCUCCUGGUACUGUUGUGGAUACAAAAAUCAUUCACCCUUUUGAGUUCGACUUUUAUCUUUGUAGUCACUAUGGGAGUAUUGGGACAAGCAAGCCUACACACUACCAUGUGUUGUGGGAUGAGAAUGGAUUUUCUUCUGAUCAGUUGCAGAAGCUCAUUUAUGACAUGUGCUUCACAUUUGCCCGAUGCACUAAAUCUGUAUCCUUGAUACCUCCAGUGUACUAUGCAGAUCUUGUUGCUUACAGGGGGCGGCUGUAUCAUGAAGCAGUUAUAGAGAAGCAGUCUCCACCUUCUGCUAUAUCAUCUUCUUCCACAUUGACUAUGUCUUCAUUGUCUGCAGAGGAAUCUUUUGAUGAGAAGUUCUAUAAGGUGCAUGCUGAUCUAGAAAACAUUAUGUUUUUUGUUUGAAGGAGCAAAGACAAAUCAAGAUUGGAAAGUGAAGAUGUAUGCAUUUUACCACUGUUGUGUGAAAUGCCGAAAUGAACGUUUACUGCUUUUCAAUGAGGACUUGCAAAGGAGUUUGUGCGUGAAUCUAUUGUCUUUCAAGUUGUUACCAUAUAUCAAGUAUUCCUCUGGCUACAUCGAUGAUAAACACCACUUUUAGAGAGAUGGUAUCUUGUUAAUCGAAUCAGUGGCUCUAGUUACUGCUUCAGAAAUACUUAUAUCUUUUUCUCUAGAGAUGGUAUUUUGCUUCAUCAUUGGCGCGGACAACUACACUUUACUUCUUUUUUUCUAUGUAACUAAGGUGCCUCCUACGAGUGUGCAGUAACUGAUAGUUGACUUUCUAUUAUUCGGAUAUCCAACUCAAUCAACAUAUGUAAAUAUUUCUAUCUUAAAGUGGAUAUUUUUAGAAAAAAGUAGACAUUUUUCUACUGUAGAUUUUAAGUAUCAUAAUAUGCUAAAAACAAUAUAUAAAUGAGGCUCACGAGAAUCAUGUA